AUGAAGAACAAAGAAGGUUGGGACGGCAAAAUGAGGGUCGAACCUAAAGCUGUGAUCACAAAUCCAGAGGCCCUGGAGGACUCUGACUACUCGGAUCCUGAUGCUCCGCCAGUGGACGAGAUCCAGGCUGAUGAAGAUCUCUUGGCCGAUGAAGACCCGAAUGUCGAGGACAUUGACCUCGUGCACUGCAAAAUCCAGUCGAUUCCUGCUCUCAAACUCGAACGCUUUCCUCAACUCCAGGUACGCACUAUUAUCGAGCUAUACACAUGUUCCCAGAUCGUGGAAGAACCCAGUCGUGCCAUCCUCACAGGUGCGCGCGCCGCGCGCCUUAUCACAAGACUAUGCAUGCGCCAAAAUCAAAUAACACGCAUCGAGUUCCCUUCCAACGUCGCCGCCAGCUUGACCGAGCUCGAUCUCUACGAUAACCUCAUUUCGCAUCUGAAGGGCCUGGACGAGUUCCAACAUCUGACGAGUUUGGAUCUGAGCUUUAAUAAGAUCAAGCAUAUUAAGAAUAUCUCGCAUCUCAAGAAAUUGACGGAGAUUUUCUUUGUGCAGAAUAAGAUUGCCAAGAUUGAGGGAUUGGAAGAGUUGACUGGCAUUACGAAUUUGGAAUUGGGUGGGAAUAAGAUUCGGGACCUUGAGAACUUGGACACCUUGACGGCUCUCACACAACUCUGGGUUGGAAAGAACAAGAUUGUCGAGAUGAAGAACCUAGACGCCCUCUCCAACCUCAAAAUCAUUUCCAUCCAAUCCAACCGCCUGACCCAAAUCAGUGGCCUGUCCAACCUCAAGAAUCUUGAAGAACUAUACCUGUCCCACAACGCCAUCACAGACCUCUCAGGCCUGGAACAAAACGAGAACCUGCGCGUGCUAGACUUCUCCAACAACCAGAUCUCGCACUUGGAACACCUCUCCACUCUCAAGAACCUCGAAGAGCUAUGGGGCUCCAAUAACCAGCUCGCAAGCUUCGAGGAGGUCGAGCGUGAGCUGAAGGAUAAGGAGAACCUCGAGACUGUCUAUUUCGAGGGCAACCCGUUGCAGAUGAAGGGACCUGCUGUUUAUCGGAACAAGGUGCGCUUGGCGUUGCCUCAGAUUAAGCAAAUUGAUGCCACUUUUGUCAAGGUUUGA